AUGGACAACAAUUAUUCUAUGUUGUUUCCCUGUCCUCCUUCUUCAAGCUACACAAUUCCAACCAGUGGUUUGAUGAACAAUGGUCAAAGCUCAAAUGCAUUUCUAGGUUUGAAGCCUAGUAAUAAUAAUAUUGAUCAUCAUCUUGAUGAUGAUCAUCAUGUGAAAGGAGAUGAAUCAAGUGUUAGAAAGAAAGGAGAGAAAAAAGCUAAGAAGCCUAAAUAUGCUUUUCAAACUAGGAGUCAAGUUGAUAUACUUGAUGAUGGUUAUAGAUGGAGGAAAUAUGGACAAAAAGCUGUUAAAAACAACAAAUUUCCCAGGAGCUACUAUAGAUGCACACAUCAAGGGUGCAAUGUGAAGAAACAAGUGCAACGUUUAACCAGAGAUGAGGGAGUAGUGGUGACAACAUAUGAGGGAGUUCAUACUCACCCUAUUGAGAAAACAACUGAUAACUUUGAGCAUAUCUUGAGUCAGAUGCAAAUAUACACUCCCUUUUGA